CGGUGAGGCUGAUCCGGAGGUUGUCGAGAAGAAGCAGCAGGAGUAGUAGGAGCAGCCACGAGAUGAUGAUGAGCGAUGGGUCGGUGCGAGAGCCCAGGAUGGCGUUGGAUAUCUCAAGAGAGUCGGUCGCGCUCGCGGCGUCGCUGCCGCUGGCGCCCCCGCCAAGCCCGCAGACGAGCCUGAAGACGAUGGAAAGCGAAGGGCGGAAGGAGAAGGAGAGGGCGAAGGUUAUGAGCGAGGCGGAGGUCGAGAGGCUGAGGGCGGCGACGAGGAAGUAUCAUGCGCUGAUGGAGCUGCUCGCGACAGAGGCGGGGUAUCUCAUGGAUCUGCGUGCGCUGGUCACAGUCUACCUGGAGCACGUCCCCGGGUCGUCGACUUCGCCAACGCUUUCCAUCCCUUCGCUGGGUCUCUCGCGCAGUAUACCCUCGUCCCGCUCGUCGUUCCUCCUUCCGCACCCAUCUCCAUCAACUUCUGCUAGUUCGCAUCUCAGCGUGACAGAUGACAUAGGCCACGGGACAGCUGAGAAGGAGAAGAAGCGCGACAAGAGCAGAGAGCGGCUCAAGGACAAGGAAAGGCACAAGGAGAAGCACAAGGCCAAGAGCAGCGAGAAGGAGAACACCAAGGGAAGAGAUGGUGGUAAGCACCGGCAUAAAGGGAAGGAGAAGCAAGUGCAUCACUCCCGUAAGCACGCCCAGGCCCCGGCUCGACGUCCUAUCCUCGCGGACAAGGAUGUAUCGGCGAUCUGCCGGAACGCGCAGGAACUGCUAGCCUUCCACGACCGGUUUGUGUGCGAGCUUCGAGACGCCAUGGUCGGCUUUGGACUCUCCCGGGCAUUCGAGAUGGGCGAACGCAAGGAGGAGGUCGCUCUGAAGCCGGACGGAUCGGAGGCCGCUGCUCUGCCCACGAUUGACCAGGCUGUCGCGAUCGUCGCGGAAGCGUUCGUGACAGAAUCGCCGUCGUUCAGCGUCUACGAGGGUUUCUGUCCUGGUCACAACGAAGCUGUCAACUUGAUCAGGAAUGUCCAGGAGAACUACCCGGUCGAAUGGGACGCGUAUGAGCAGCGGUGUUCAUUGCUUGUGGCUCACCAGUUCAACCUUGUGAACGCCCCGACAGACUCCCAUUCGGAUGGCCACGGUGUAGACGGCCCUCUUGGUAUGCCGACCUCUGCUACGGUCUCUCCAUUGAACCCACCAGUUGUCGAAGGGACGCGGACCAAAAGGCGGCACUCGACCUCUUCCUUGACUACACCUUUCUCCACGUCGCACGCUGACCUGCCAAAAGUGACCGCUAACGGCCCCGAGCCUGUCGGUGGCGAACACUCGCGCUCGAAGUCGGGGCAGGAGUACAGCAAUGUGUUCUCGCGACAGCAGUCCCAGCAGGCGACACGGCUCCGGCUCCUCGAUUACCUGAUCAAACCCGUACAGCGCGUCUGCAAGUAUCCGUUGCUCAUCGACCAGCUGAGGACCAAGCGUGCGAGGACCCAGAGUGCUGUCGAUCCGAGUACACGUCCGUCUCGUGCGCCGUCGAUAAGGAACUUCCGGGCUCUCAUCCAAGAUGGAGGGGAUGUUGUGGAACGGGCAGGGGAGGCGAUGAGGCUGGUGGUAAGCCUUGUGAACCGUGCGAGCGAGACGCAGGCCCGGCUGGUGCGAUCGUCGCUGAUCACUUCUCGGAUGGUCUUCACACAACCUACGGUGGGUUCGUCGAAGGAUGGUCACGCAUCUUCACCGACGGUCCGGACGCAGGACCUCUCUCCAGAGCUACUGGCUUCCUUUGGCGCUGUCCGGCUCGCGGGUGCGCUUGACGUGGUUCACCAUCCCUCGGCGCUGCAUAUGGUGAGCACUGGUUCAAUGCGCGCGAAGUACUUUGGGGCUUUCCUCUAUGCGGGCGGGUACCUUAUUCUUGUCAAGAUUCCGAGGAACGGGAAGGUGUAUGAGCCGAGGUAUUGGUUCUCGCUUGUUGGCUUUGAUCUGUUUGACUUCGAGGGAGACGAAUCAUCGCUGCCGUUCUCGUUCCACCUCUGCGGACAUGGUCAUCAUUUGCAACUAGCCGCAGCUUGUCAGCCCGAGAAGGCCAUAUGGAUCAAUGCCAUCCAGGAUGCCCUCAGUCACGACGCGCCUUGGACAGGGGAGCCCCCGUCGAGUCUGCUGCUGGAGGACAAGGUGCUCAGCGCUCCCCCCAUCGAUGAUGUGCCGUCGGAAUGGUCUACUGCGCCUUUACCGACCAUUCAGUCCGACUCAGAGCUGGAAGGGCAAGCGAGGGAUCAACCACCUGACCAGGCGGCGCAUGGCAGGGGUAGGCCGGAGGUGAAGUCUAGGUCGCCGGCGCGAAUUGACAGCCUCUCUUUCCGAUACGAGCAGCAAGCUCAGAUGGCGUCCUUUGCCGCGUUGAGUCGGCGCUCAUCCACUGCAUCUGUCAAGGCAUUCUUCUCGCCCAUGACGCUCGAUCCUUCGACACGUAUCCCUCGGCCCUCUGCACAGGUCCGCCAGCAAGUCGACCACGGACUGCAUGACGUUUAUUCAGAGCAAUGUCUGGCUGCACGGUCUCACGCGACCAUGAAGCACGAGGAUCUGUUCAAGAGACCACUCGCCACGAUGUCGCGCUCGAACUCGGGUUUGAGUAUCUCCGGCGCCAUGGGUCUGGCUGCCAAGCGGAGGUACGACAUGGUGUCAGGCAAGAGGGGUUCCCUAGACGGCGGCAAAGAGCAUGACCUGGAUAUCGGGAGCAAGCGACUCAGCACUCUUCCUGGGGGGGCGAAGUCGCCAGCGUCACCACAGAAAAGGCUCAAAAAGCCUCUUCCGUCGCUUGUGCCCACGGUACCUUCCACCCUGGCAAAAGUUGAUUCAGAGGCGGAAAGCGAGGGUCAGACGACACAAAGUCCUGUUGGUCUUCUGGAUUCGCCGUUCCCGCCUUCGCAGUGCUCGUCUACAACCUCCUCCAACUUGCCCAGCCCUGUCGACGUGGUCGGUCCCAUCCUCGGCGAUUUAGCACAAGAUGCGACCCUCCGUCCGUCAGACGUCCUCACAGCGUCUGCUGAAGAUUGGCGGCCAAAAAGAACGCGCUCUAUGGUCGACAACGUCAAGUACUUCUUCCAGUCACGGCCUGCUUCGCCCUGUUCCACUUCUAGUCACCAAUCCGCAACCCCACCUCCGCUACCGCCGAAGCAACUUGAGGUGGAGCCCCAAACGCCACCACCACCGUCAAGCCUCACACAGUGGUGGAGGAAAGGUUCUCUUCGUCGUCGAGUGCAGAGCUCUCCCGAUGUACCCGGCGAGGAGUCCCCGGGCCCUCCACCCCUGCUGAGCCGUGCAUCUGCGGAUGGCCGUGGCACCUUCCUUAUGCAAACUCCUGAAGAGUCAAUGUUACAGCCUUCUGUUUCGUCUCCUCCCUCUCCAGCUGCAGGCACUCCAAGCAGCUCCCGGAGAGUAAACCUUAACGACUCCGCUCCGACUCGACGGCGGUCAUUAUUUGCGCCUUCAAGUCGCCAGCGCGAGUAUCCUUUAUCACAGCCCCCGCAGCCUUCGCCGGACGGGUCGAGCGCGAUACCCCGCAGAUCCCUGCGCAAUGUAUGGUUCUUCCAACGGUCCAACUCCUUCACGCCUAUGGACGGGAAAGAGCCUGAUUCAUGACCCACGAUUCCUUGCAUGCAUCAUAUACGUCUUCCUCUCUUUAAUGCCAGUUGCUGUGCCCGUAAUUAUACGUUCUUAUUCGCAUGACAUAUCAUCAUCUCGCUUCGCAUCCAGUCGGCACGGACAAGGCUACGCACUCUCCGUACGCACUGUUCAUGAUCAUUGUGUAUCGUAUCCAGAGUGACUUCAGAUUCCAUGUAUCAUUUGCAAUCAUGCUUUCUUAGACUGCCAUGCAUAUCAAUCAUCAUACCCAUUACGUUCGUGUCGUAGCAUAGGCAGUGUACAGUAGACCUGUGAAUUCGAGGGAGCUCGGGC